UGAAACUUUGCAGGCGCCCGCGGUGAAAUGGAUUUAAUCCGAGGCUUCUUGCUCCGGCUCUUGCUUCUGGCUUCCAGCCUCGGACCCAGUGCAGUGUCGCUCAGAACAGCUCUCCGAAAACCAGGCAAAGUGGAGCCUCCUCUGGAUAUCAUGCUAUUCGCCUUGAAUUGCACAGCUCUCAGCAUCCAGUGGAGAAUGCCCAGGCAUCCCAGGAGCCCCAUCACGGGCUAUACUGUCUUCUACUCUGAGGUGGGCGCGGAUAAAUCCCUACAGGAGCGGUCACAUCAUGUGCUACUCCAGGACCCCGUGGCCCCGCAAGUCCCAGUGACAGAGGAAGUGAUCGGAGAUUUGAAACCAGGCACUGAAUAUCGAGUGAGCAUAGCAGCUUACAGCCAGACUGGCAAAGGGCGGCUUAGUUCUCCUCAGCAUGUUACCACUUUGCCCCAAGAUACCUGCCUGCCUCCGACAGCACCCCAGCAGCCACAAGUCACUGUGGUCUCAGAUUCUGAGGUGGCCCUGUCUUGGAAACCUGGAAAGAGUGAAGGAAGCUCCCCGAUUCAGUACUAUUCUGUGGAGUUCAUCAGGCCGGAUUUGGAUAUGAGUUGGACCUUAAUCCAAGAGCAGAUCCAGAUGGACUCCAUGGUUAUCAAGGGCCUGGAUGCGGAUACCAGCUAUCAGUUCGCAGUGAGGGCUGUGAACGCCCACGGCCGCGGCCCCCGCAGCCAGCCCAGUGACACCAUCAGGACCUUCUGCCCCGAAGAAGCAGGAAGUGGCCGCUAUGGAUCCCGUUAUACGAUCGACAUGGGAGUCGAUGAAGAUGAUGAUGGAUUUGAAGACUACCUAGAUUUGGAUGUCUCCUUUGAGGAGGUGAAACCACUUCCUGCUCUCAAAAGAGGAAAUAGGAAGUAUUUGGUGGAAUCCAAGAAGGAACACAGGUCAAACCCAAAGACUGCUCCGAGGCUUGUCCCCCCUACUCUAGCAUCUCUCCCAAUGACUACGGUGGCUCCCCAGCCCACUCCAGCAGAGAGGAAAGGGAAGAAGGGCAUGGCUAUAAUGCCAAGGCUCUUUGACAUGUCUUGUGAUGAAAUGAUCUGCUCUGCUGACAGCUUUUGUAUCAAUGACUACACCUGGGGGGGCUCACGGUGCCAUUGCAACCUGGGCAAAGGUGGUGUGAGCUGCUCAGAAGAUAUUGUUAUACAGUAUCCUCAGUUCUUUGGCCACUCCUAUGUAACUUUUGAGCCUCUGAAGAACUCCUAUCAGGCGUUUCAAAUUACUCUUGAAUUUAGGGCAGAGGCGGAGGAUGGCUUACUGCUCUACUGUGGGGAGAAUGAACACGGGAGAGGCGAUUUCAUGUCUCUGGCCAUCAUCCGACGCUCACUCCAAUUCAGGUUUAACUGUGGAACCGGGGUUGCCGUCAUUAUAAGUGAAAGCAAAAUCAAACUAGGGGCCUGGCACACAGUCACGCUCUACAGAGAUGGGCUGAAAGGGCUACUGCAGGUGAACAACGGCACCCCGGUGUCAGGCCAGUCCCAGGGCCAGUACAGUAAAAUUACCUUCCGGACACCCCUCUAUCUUGGUGGGGCUCCCAGCGCAUACUGGUUGGUCAGAGCAACAGGAACAAACAGAGGCUUUCAAGGCUGUGUACAAUCGCUCACUGUUAAUGGGAGGAGAAUCGACAUGAGGCCCUGGCCCCUAGGGAAGGCACUCAGUGGAGCUGACGUGGGGGAAUGCAGCAGCGGACUCUGUGAUGAGGCUUCGUGUAUCAACGGUGGCACCUGCACGGCCGUCAAAGCCGACUCCUACAUUUGCCUCUGUCCCCUUGGAUUUAAAGGGCGACACUGUGAAGCGGCUUUCAGCCUGAUCAUUCCGCAAUUCAGAGAGUCGCUGAGGUCCUAUGCUGCAACCCCCUGGCCCCUGGAGCCCCAGCAUUACCUCUCCUUCACGGAGUUUGAGAUCACGUUUCGGCCGGACUCGGGGGACGGCGUCCUGCUGUACAGCUACGACACAGCCAGCAAGGACUUCCUGUCUAUCAACAUGGCAGGGGGCCACGUGGAGUUCCGCUUCGACUGUGGCUCUGGGACCGGUGUUCUCAGGAGUGAAGACCCCCUCACCCUGGGCCACUGGCAUGAGCUGCACGUGUCUCGCACAGCAAAAAAUGGGAUCUUACAAGUGGAUAAGCAGAAGGUGGUGGAAGCGAUGGCAGAGGGAGGCUUCACGCAGAUUAAGUGCAACACGGACAUUUUUAUCGGCGGAGUCCCGAAUUACGAUGAUGUGAAGAAGAACUCGGGCAUCCUGAAGCCAUUUAGUGGAAGCAUCCAGAAGAUCAUCCUGAACGACCGCACCAUCCACCUGAAGCACGACUUCACGUGGGGCGUGAAUGUGGAGAACGCAGCCCACCCCUGCGUGGUGGGGCCCUGUGCACACGGGGGCAGCUGUCGGCCCAGGAAGGAGGGCUACGAGUGCGACUGCCCCCUGGGCUUCGAGGGCCUGCACUGCCAGAAAGAGUGUGGAAACUACUGCCUCAAUACCAUCACAGAAGCCAUUGAGAUCCCGCAGUUCAUCGGGCGCAGUUACCUGAUCUACGACAACCCAGAUAUCCUUAAGAGGGUAUCCGGAUCAAGAUCAAAUGCGUUCAUGAGGUUUAAGACAACUGCCAAGGAUGGUCUGUUGUUCUGGAGGGGAGAUAGCCCCAUGAGACCCAACAGUGACUUCAUUUCCUUGGGCCUUCGAGAUGGAGCCCUGGUGUUCAGCUAUAACCUGGGCAGUGGUGUGGCGUCCAUCAUGGUCAAUGGCUCCUUCAGUGAUGGCCGGUGGCACCGUGUCAAGGCUGUCAGGGAUGGCCAAUCCGGAAAGAUAACCGUGGAUGACUAUGGGGCCAGAACAGGCAAAUCGCCCGGCAUGAUGAGGCAGCUGAACAUCAACGGUGCUCUGUAUGUGGGUGGGAUGAAGGAAAUCGCUCUGCACACUAACAGGCAAUACAUGCGGGGCCUCGUGGGCUGCAUUUCUCAUUUCACCCUGUCCACCGAUUACCACAUUUCCCUCGUGGAAGACGCCGUGGAUGGAAAAAACAUCAACACUUGUGGAGCCAAGUAACACCGGCUGGCCUUGCCCGAGGGACACAGCCUUCUGUGCUGAGAAUCCCCGGGGCCCUGAGACCCUGCCUGAUGCCAGCCACAGUGGCACGGGGACCAGUUGUGUGUCUUCUCAUCAAGGAGAACGUACCCCCUGAUGAGAGACUAGAUCCGAGACAGAAGUCCCUGUGUGGCCUUUCCUGCGGACACUCUGUGGGCCAAACCCAACAGAAUCCUCUGUGUAGGAAGCGUCGAAUUUUGUCCAUUGAAUGUGUAGCAGCUGCCAGAGAUCACACAUCAAUGCGAAUUCCAGAGCCUUCUGCUGUAGCUCAAUGACUGUGUUGUGAUUCAUGGUGCAUA